GGUAUUUAGCACGGUUUCACCCUAAACUAUUUGGCAGCAGAAGGAUGUUGGUAGCACAGCAGUGACCGGCACCUGCUUGUACUCUGAACACUCUCCCGGGCAAAGCCCCUUUCUAUCGUUCCCUAUAGGUCCGUGAGGCAGUCAGUAAAAGCCAACUGACCAAUAGGAAGAGUGGGCUUGGCAGGCAGGCCGGGCACAGUGAUACAUGUACAGCCGGUCAGGGAAUGAUCUGCUUCUGAAGUGACCCUGCCGGCUCAUUCACACCUGGAAUAGUGGAAGGGCUAGCUUCACUACUCACGUACCAAUCUUUUUUUUUUAUUGUACCCGCAGUGUAAUUGCCUGUAAUAGAAGCUUUUGUAUCCCUACAUGUUGCGCUGGUGUGGGGGCACCCAUGGGCGCCCUGUGUAUCUCAGCGCUAGAUAAAGCGAGCUGGUUGUUGCAAACAGGGUCGGACUGGUCCCAGCCUCUCUGCCGCCAGCCCACAAGGCGCACCCUCUAACUUCCAUAAUUAUCAACUCACUCCCCACUGCAGCUACCGCUAAUGCUACUUUCCCUUUAAGAGGAGAACCGAACGUCUUAAGGAGCCUGCGCGAUGACGUCACCCGGCAUGCUUUACGUGGGAGAACCAGAGGGAGAGUGAGGUGCGUGAGGGAGGGUGCGGUCCUCAGAUUGUAGUUCUGUCUGCUCUGUGUAAGCGGAGUCACUGCUGCUUGGAGCUUUAAUAAAACCCACUGAGUUCUUGAUUCUAAAGGUUCGACAAUCGCUCUGCUGUUCUGGCAAAAUGGCAAAUAAUGUGAACUGGAUUCAGCAUUCAAGUGUGCCAAGUUUUGCACAGAUGCUAAAGAAGAAUUUACCUGCUCAAGCUCCAGCUGUGAAUCUGAGCUCCACAGUUUCCACAUGCUGCCCAUAUGUUGAACCUGAUUGUGGAACAGCAAAGGUUACUCAAAUCACAGGUAACUUUCGAGAACCAUUUUUAUCAGAAAUGAUUGUACCUGCAUCACUCUCCUCACUGCCACCUAGAAAGGUUACAAAAGAAUUUGUGGUGAAAUACAGACAUGGUGACCUCAAUCCUGUUUCUGCUUUAUACCAGUUUGCAUAGAUGCAGCGAAUGGAAAUUGAUCUAAAAUCAACUGUAACAACAGAUAAGCGCACUUUUAUUCAUGAAAAGAUUUCCUCUAUUAUUAAAGAAACCUUUACUAAUUUAAUAUCCAAAUAUCCUGAAUAUGAAAGCUGUGGUAGCUCAUUAGCUGCGUUUGUGAUUGAAAAAGAUACUUUUAUAGGCAGUUGCUGCUUUUCUACAGUGGAAAUAAUGGAAUGAUGGACAAGUCCAUAUUUUGCACAGAACCUGCAACCAACCUUCUUGCUGUUAAACCAAAUUUCAAUAUCUUCCUGUACAUGAAUCAGCUUCCAAAAGGAGCUGCUCAGACAAAUCCCCAACUGAGCUAUGACAGAAGCUGUAGAAGUUUGGACCAAGACUCUCCCUCUAAAAAGAAAAAAAUGCAAGCUAAUUAUUCCUCAACAACUCACUUACUUGUGGGGAAGAAAGUGCCAUCCUCACUCCAAACCAAACCAAGUGAAUUGGAAACUACAGUGUUUUAUAUUCCUGGGGUUGAUGUAAAGUUACACUACAAUUCCAAAACAUUAAAGACAGAGUCGCCAAAUGCCUCAAGAGGAUCUUCUUUGCCAAGAACUCUUUCAAAAGAGUCCAAGCUGUAUGCCAAAGGAAAGGGAAGCAGUGGAGUUAAAACAGCAAAAUUGUAUGCUUGGGUAGCUCUGCAGUCACUUCCAGAAGAAAUGGUUAUCAGCCCAAACCUGCUAGAUUUCCUUGAGAAAGCCUUAGAAACAAUACCAAUCACUCCAGUUGAAAGGAACUAUGCAGCAGUGAGCUCUCAAGAUGAGGAUAUCGGACAGUUUGACCUGCAGGAUCCACUGGAAGAAUCAACAACCUCUUUAGUAUCAUCUUCAACUUCUCCAUAUUCAUCUUUUCCUGUUGAUGUGGUUGUCUACGUCAGGGUUCAGCCAUCUCAAAUUAGGUUCAGCUGUCUGCCAGUUUCCCGGGUUGAAUGUAUGCUGAAAUUGCCCUCUCUAGACUUGGUAUUCUCUUCAAACAGAAGUGAGCUAGAAACCCUUGGACCAUCACACCCCUCAGAUUCAUCUAUUGGAAAUCUUUCCAUGCCAAGUGGAUCAAAACCAAAUCUAAACAAAUCUGGGAUGCCAGGGACAUCCCCUGGGCUUGGUAGCCCCCUUGGGAGAACACGACACAGCAGCAGCCAGUCUGAUUUGACCAGCUCUAGCAGCAACUCGUCAGGCCUGAGUUUCACAGCUUGCAUGUCCGAUUUCUCCCUGUAUGUGUUUCAUCCUUAUGGAGCAGGAAAACAGAAAUCUGCAGUAUCAGGACUCACUCCAGGACCCAGUGGCUUAGGUCAGGUAGAUGAAGAACCUACGUCAGUUACUGGCCGUAAAGACUCCCUUAGUAUCAAUCUAGAGUUUGUUAAGGUCAGUCUGUCCAGAAUGAGACGAUCAGGUGGAGCUUCAUUCUUUGAGAGUGUAUCUGCUAACAAAACCCCUAGUAAGAUGGAUACCACUUUAAUCAACAUAUCAGCGGUGUGUGACAUCGGAUCUGCCCCUUUCAAAUAUGAUAUGCGCCGCCUUAGUGAGAUUCUGGCUUUUCCAAGGGCAUGGUACAGAAGAAGUAUUGCUAGACGUUUGUUUCUUGGUGAUCAAACCAUCAAUUUACCUGAACUAAAUUUACUUCGGAAUGUUGAUGCCAACAAUGCAGAAAGCAGCACAGCAGUGAAGAACUUGAGUUUGUUAAGUGGCUUCAGGGGAGGCUCCAGUUACAACCACGAGACAGAGACAAUCUUUGCUUUGCCAAGGAUGCAGCUAGACUUCAAAUCUAUACACGUUCAGGAGCCUCAAGAACCUGUCCUGCAAGAUGACAGCAAACCUAAGGUGGCAUGCAGUGUGGUAACGGAGUUUACUGACCAUAUCUGUGUGAUGAUGGAUGCAGAACUGAUCAUAUUCCUACAUGAUAUGGUGUCUGCUUACCUAAAGGAGAAAGAAAAAGUUAAAUUUCCACCUCGAGUCUUUACUACUCGCCCAGGCCAGAAAAGCCCUGUUAUACAGAUCAAUGAAAGCUCUUCUGAGAAGGAGAAAGAAGAAAACACUAACUACACCUAUGUAGACUGGAGGGAAUUUAUGUGCAAUACUUGGCAUCUUGAGCCCACCCUCAGGCUUAUUUCAUGGACAGGAAGGAAAAUUGACCCAGUUGGUGUUGAUUACAUCCUUCAGAAGUUAGGCUUUCACCACGCCAGAACUACUAUUCCAAAAUGGUUACAGCGUGGAGUAAUGGAUCCUCUGGAUAAGGUCCUUUCAGUCCUCAUAAAGAAACUUGGCUCUGCCCUUCAAGAUGAAAAAGAAAAGAAGGGGAAGGACAAAGAAGAGCACUGAACACAAAAGCAAGAAAGUGAACAACAUGUUAAACUACUGAACAAACACAUUUUUAGUAUCUUUUGUAUAGCAAAUCAAUGUUUUUAUUUGACAUGAGCCCAUUUGACUUUGGAAACAAGUUUUUGAUUUCCAGAUCAACCACCAAUAUUGUAAUUGGAUUCUCUGGAUUCAAACUAAUUCACUGAAAAUGUGACAAACUUAACUUCUGUCUUUCUUUAUGCUACUGUGCUACUAACCUCUUCAUCCCUGGGUGCUGUUCUAGUUGUGUUACUCUUGAUUGCUAUUCCAUUUUUUUUGUUAAUAAGUGAGUUUACGCUUUAUGCCAGCUGCAGUGUUUUCUAUAGGCCAAGUGUAUAGCUCUCUUUGCUUUAAGUACCUGCAUGUUGGUGAGUAAGAACAUGCAUUCUUGAGCAAAGUAACACUGAGAUAUCCUUUUGUGUAAGUAAUCUUGGGGAUGAGCGCCUGUAUUGCAAACCCGUAAAUAGGAACCUCAGGGAUGAGGGGGGUUAUAAUAAUUCCGUUGUGAAUAAAAUUGUUCCAUUGGGGAAGCAUUGCAUGUUUAUGUAUAUUUUGGACUAAAAAUAGGGUUGAAACACUGUAAAAUGUAGGGGGCUAUUGUUAUUACUUUGUAUUAAGUGCAAUAUGAUUUUAUUUCUGUGAUAACUGCAGAAUAUUAACUGUGAAUUUAUUUUAUUUUGUCAUAAUACAUUUUGUUGACAAUAUGAA